AGCUAUCAAAUCAAAAAUCUCAGUAGUGUAUUGCCAAAAUAUAUUUCGUAGGAAAAUAAACUGUUUUACAGGUCUGCUUAUGUGUGGAACUAUAUAUAAUAAACUUGUAUAAUGUAUUAUUUUCUUCACAACUUACCAACUUUUAGAAUGUGUUUAUAAAGAUAAGAUUAAAUCAUACGAUUAGGUAAAUUGGUGUACAUUUAUCUAUCAAAAUUAUUUGUGUAAUGUAAAAAUUAUGUUACAUUUGAGAUAUUGUCAAUAUUCGUGGUAAUCGAUGUGGAAUCUAACUACUUUAAUACUUACAUUUCUUUUGGUGUUAGAAGCUAGUAAUACCAGUGAACAAAAAAUGGAUUCAAAGGCCCUUUCAUCUGCCAUUGCCCAAUUUUCAGCCAAAUUUUGUGUUGAAUUGGAGAAGGGCAAGAGUGUGGUAUCAUCACCACUUUCAGCGGAGUUUGUGUUAGCUCUGCUGACCCUUGGUACCUCAGACCCAGCACAUGCUGAGCUUCUGACUGCCCUCGGAAUCCCUGAUGAUGAUUCUAUCCGUUCAUCAUUCUCUGAGGUGUCAUCCAGGUUGAAGUCAUUGAAGGGAGUUACAUUUAAUGUGGCAAACAAAGUGUACCUCAAGGAUGGUCCCUAUGACCUUUCACCUUCUCUGAAGGUGGACGCCGACAAAGUCUUCAAUGCGGGCAUUGAAAAAAUUGACUUCAAUUCCGCAGCAGCCGCUGUUGAAGUUAUUAACAAAUGGGUUGAAAGUCAAACCAAUGAAAAAAUUAAAGAUCUGCUCUCGUCGGACAGUGUGGAUGGUGAUACUCGGCUGGUACUCAUUAAUGCUCUCUAUUUCAAAGGAACAUGGAAGAAGCAGUUUGACCCACAGAACACAAUGAACCAACCGUUCCAUAUUACCGCCAGUUCUUCAGUGGAAGUCCCCAUGAUGUACAGAGAGGACGACUAUUUGUAUGGAGAGAGCAGCGAGCUUCAGGCUCAGCUGUUAGAGAUGCCUUACGUAGGGGAAGAAGCAUCCAUGUUGAUUGUGCUUCCAAAUGAAAUCGAAGGUCUCGACGGCGUACUCUCCAAGCUGGCGUCUGGCUUCGACCUACUGUCCGAGAUUGGCAAAAUGUACAAAACUAAAGUACAAGUCACUAUCCCCAAGUUUAAGAUUGAGACCGAGAUUAACUUAGCUGAGGUGCUGCCGAAGCUUGGAAUACAAUCGAUUUUCAACCGUCAAAAUUCAGGACUGACAAAGGUUUUGAAUGUGGAUGAACCUCUGUUCGUGUCGAAGGCGGUGCAGAAAGCCUUCAUUGAGGUGAACGAGGAGGGAGCUGAGGCCGCGGCGGCUACCGGCAUGGUGAUAAUGCUGCGCUGCGCUCGCCCGCCGUCGCCCCGCUUCCGCGCUGACCGGCCUUUCCUCUACCUGUUGUUUGGCGCUGACCGCGCCCUGCUCUUCAUUGGGGCCUAUCGCGGCAGAGACUAAACAGACCUAGCGAGCGACGACCCCACUAUGCCACGGGCACCACGUCUAUUGUUAACGAUGUCACUGUGACAAUAUGCUAUGAACUCACGGUGUUAAUAAAUUAAACGCACAUUUUACUAUUUGCAAACUUUCUUAACUAUUAAAGUAUCGCAUUGCGCACAAAAGCCGUUAUAAAGUAAUAUUAUCAUGAUUAACCCAGCGGUCGAAAGUUCGGAACGACUUAACGACUCAGUUUAAGAACAAUGAUAAAUAAUAUAAUUAAUUUAAUCACACCUUAUAACCAAUAUAAUCACCUCAACUGCAACAACAUUAUUAUAUGAAUGAAAUUAAAUAUAUUUCUCGAAUAAUAGCGUAACUGACGUUUAUUAACACCGCAAUUAAAAAUGUUAACAAAAUUAUUUUAAAUCUGUUGUAUGCUAUUACUAUGUAUUGGUUAUACAUAUAUUCGUUAAUUAAAUGAUUUAAUUUUAUAACCA